AUCUCUCCACUCGUCCACGCGCCUGCAGACACCUGACCACUGCAGGGGACAGAUAGAGCUGAUUAUUUUUCAUAGAAAGCCAUCCCUUUUCUCAAUUACCCCCCCUGUUGAUUCACAGCUGUGCUUUGAGCAGGAUGACAGAUGUGCAGACUUUUGUAUCCGAGGAACAAACAGCGGACGGCGGCCUGCGGCGGGACUUCAGGCGGCUGACGCGGCUGUACUGCAUGAAUGGCGGACAUCACCUCCAAAUCCUUCCUGAUGGGACGGUGCAGGGCCAGAGGGAGGACAGGGACGAUCACAUUGUUUUAAAGCUCACAGCAGUGGACAUCGGCGUAGUAAUCAUCCAAGGAACAGAAGCUGGGCGAUAUUUGGCCAUGAGCGACGAGGGACGGUUGUACAGUUCAGUCACAGUGACUGAUGAAUGUUACUUCCUGGAGAAGCUGGAGGAGAACCACUACAACACAUAUAGACCUCAGAAAUAUCUGGAGGAGAACUGGUACGUAGCUCUGAAAAAGAAUGGAAAACCUAAACUGGGUCCGAGGACUCACAUCGGACAGAAGGCCAUCUUCUUUCUGCCCCGACAGCUGAAUGAGUGACGACACACAGACCUCAACUCACUUGGAAGAGAGACUGAAGAGGACGGGUCUAUUUGUUGGGAACAUGCUAUAGUUUGCUAUUUUAGCUCGUGAACUACUAUGCCAUCACAAAACAUGAGGACGGUAGGAAAAUAGCUAAUGAUGUGUAUAAUUGUAAAGACAAAGACCAGCCACUGUUUAGUCCAAAUAUUAGUCCUUAGCCAAAUAAUGCAUCAGUGUCGAAAGACUGUGCAUGUUAUCAUUCUAACAUAGACUAACAAAACGUCCCAUUUCAUUUGGGGGACAGUAUCAUCAACAGACAAACCAAAUGAUUCAGCUGAUGUUCAUGCUGAUGUUUGGACCGAUUCUGAAAGAUUUUGUGGCACCAGGAGAAAAACACUAGAUCCACUAGAACACUAAUCCAUCCAUCCAUCAUCUAUACUGCUUGUCCCGUUCGGCGGGUUGCUAAGGGGGGCUGGAGCCGAUUCCAUCUGUCAUUGGGGCGAGAGGCAGGGUAAACCCCGGACUGUCAAUGCCAAGUACAUUAACACAUACAAGGAAUUUUGUCUUGGUGUUUUGGUGCAAAAAAAAAAAAAAAAACCACACACAAUGAUAUAGUGUUGACCAUUUUAUUUAAAUGAUUAGAAAGUGUCUCCAGCUGUCCUUGAAUUUUGAUUGGAAAGUCACGUCAGAUGUACGAAAAACACAUUCCUAAUGCACAUUUGAGACGACGUACUGUAUGGAGGAUUUGCUUUAUUUUACUGUAACCUACACUAAGGAAAAAUCUUCUGCAACUUGAUUAACACAACGAAACCCAUUGACGUAUCAUUUUGCCGGCUUGUUUCAAAGUAUAAACUCAAAGUCAUUUCUG